AUGAACACCACCCGCCUCGUGUAUGCCCUGGUACUAGCCUUCAUAGUGUUUGUUACAUACCGGUACAUGUACACUGGAACACCGACAGCAGUGGCCUGCGUGCCAUACCAGACCCACAGGCAGAUGCCCGCGCCCCACAUCCCCGUGAACACCAUGCAGUACACGAAGGUCCCCGAGAGUGUCCCGUCCGACUGCCAGUACCCAGCCACCCAGGUAGUUCAGCCGGCCGUUACUGGCUCUGACGCCUUGAUGAGCCAGAUGGCUGCCCUAUACGUAAUCUACGACGCGGGGCUCAACAAGGAGCGAAGGGCGCUGAAAGAGCGCUACGAGCGGUCGUGCUAG